AUGGAUAAAUUCAAUUUUUGUUCUAAGGUAUAGAAGGAAGCAAUUGAAAAGUAUGUUGAAGAGCAAUUCCACUCUAACAUCCUUCCUGCUUUAAUGGAUUUUGUUAGAAUUCCUAACCUCUCUCCUGCAUUUGAUCCUGAAUGGGAAACAAAUGGAACUUUGUUAAAAGCAGCAACUUUCCUCAAAGAUUGGGUUUUGAAGUAAGAUUUAAAAAACGCUACAGUAGAAGUAGUUUAAGAGUAAGGUUAGCCUCCUUUAGUUUUUAUUGAAGUAGCAGCAACUGACUGUUCAAAUAAAACUGUAUUAUUCUAUGGUCAUUAUGAUAAACAACCUCACUUCACAGGCUGGAUGGAAGGCACAGGUCCAACUACUCCUGCUAUUAUUGGAGAUUGCCUAUAUGGAAGAGGUUGCUCCGAUGAUGGUUAUGCCAUUUUCGCAUCAGUUCUCUCCAUUAAAGCUUGCUAAGUUUUAGGAUAUGGUCAUCCUAAGUGCGUUAUAACUAUUGAAGGUGAAGAAGAAACAGAUAGUGCCUAUUAUAUGACAUAUUUAGAUAAACUUUCCCCAAGAGUCGGAACUCCUGAUUUUGUUUUUUGUUUGGAUAGCGGUUGCUCAGAUUAUAAAACUAUGUGGUUGACAACUUCUCUGAGAGGUAUCCUUGAAGCUGAUUUAACUGUUUAAGUUUUAACAGAAGGUGUUCACUCUGGAGAUAGUAGUGGCAUAGUACCUACUCCCUUUAGAAUAAUUACUUAACUCCUUUCCAGAAUUGAAAAUAUCGAAAACGGCAGAAUUCAUGACGCAUUCUAAGUAAACAUCCCACCUCACAGAUACGAAGAAGCUUACAGAGUUGCUGAAAUUAAAUAAGAAAAUGUUUAUAACAAAUUCCCCUUCCAUUCUAAAAUGACUCCUACUACUACUAACCCACUAGAAGCUUAUUUAAACAGAACAUGGAGAGCUUAAUUAUCAAUUGUUGGUGCUGAUGGAUUACCACCUGCCAAGACUGCAGGAAAUGUUUUGCUUCCUGUUAAUACUUUUAAACUUUCUCUUCGUUUACCUCCUACUUUAGAUGCAGAAAAAGCCAAGCAUGAUAUUAAGAGAAUUCUUGAAGAAAAUCCUCCUUAUAACUCUUAAGUUAUUUGUAAAGUUCACGACUCUGCUGAAGGUUGGAGUGCUCCUAAGCUUCAUGAAGUACUUGAUAAAUCCAUGAAUGCAGCUUCAGAAAACUUCUUUGGUAAAUUAGUUGAAUGCUAAGGAGAAGGUGGUUCUAUCCCUUUGAUGAAUGAUUUAAAAAGAAAAUAUCCUAAUAUCUAAUUCAUAGUUACUGGUAUCCUUGGACCUCAUUCUAAUGCUCAUGGUCCCAAUGAAAUGCUUCACAUACCAUAUACUAAGAAAAUUAUGUGCUGUAUUACUCAAAUUUUAGCAGAUACUUCUUCAAGCUUUUCUGUUUGA